UGAAGCACUCGUCUCUCAUUCACGCUCGCGCAACACACUAAUUCAACAGCUUGGUUUCGCUACUACACUCACCUCGGUCACGCGACCAUCAUAUUCCCCACUAUCCCAACAAUCUCCACGUCCAUCACCGCCUCCCACAUCGACGCCAAGAUGUCGCUAUGCAUGACCCGACUCAGCGAGGAGCGGAAGAACUGGCGCAAAGACCACCCAUUUGGCUUCGUUGCGCGACCGAUGAAGACCCCACAAGGCACUCUCGACCUCAAGCGAUGGGAUUGCGCCAUCCCCGGCAAGGACAAGACGAUAUGGGAGGGAGGGUUGUUCAAGAUGGAGAUGCAGUUUCCGGAUGAAUACCCAACCAAACCACCAAAAUGCAAAUUCAUUCCCCCACUCUUCCACCCCAACGUCUACCCCUCCGGCACCGUCUGCCUCAGCAUCCUCAAUGAAGAGGAAGGCUGGCGCCCGGCCAUCACACUCAAGGAGAUACUAAUCGGCAUCCAAAUGCUGCUCGAUGAAGUCAACCCGGAGUCGCCGGCCCAGGCGGAUGCGUACAAUCUGUUCAAGAGGGACAAGGCGGCUUAUGAGAAGAAGGUGCGGCAGGUGGUCAGGGAGAACCCGGCGCCAUAAAGCAUAAGGGAAAGGAAGUCUCUUCCGGGAGCGUGCUAGGACCGGGGGCACAGAAUGAGGUGAAUGAGGGUACGAUGAUUACGUGCGACGAGUUAUACCGGGUUUAGCGUGGCGUUGGGCUGGCUGGUGACGGAACUCUACCCAAUGUGGUAAGAUGUGCCUGCGGUAUAUACUGCUUAGGAUGAGAUACGCCGCGAAGAAGCUUUCCAUUGA